AUGCAGAAAGUAGGAAUUGCGCUUGAUCGCGGUAUAUCGAAAUUCGAAGCCAAGCACCUUCGCAGCGUGCACUGCGUGCAUAUUGGUCUGACCAACAGCAAGCGUUGGCUCUCGCUUAGAAGACGCCUAGGUUUCACGGCGGAUGAUGAUGUCGCGGUGUACUUGCUGGACCUCGCAGAGUCUACCACCACCGCCGCCGCCGCCACCAUCACCACCGCCACGACUACCACAACCACAACCACUACUAGGUUAACUAGGCAACAGGGUAAAUGCAAUGGAGCAGAGAACUGGAAGAGGAAACAUAGCGAUCAGGAUGAGGAAGCUGUCGGGACUGAAAGCUUGGAUAAGGAAGAACCUGUUCUCACGAAAGUGAGUUCAACGAAACAAGAUUCUGCGUCGAACAAGAUCCUACUUGAUGCUCCUGCCCCUGUGAUAAGUGAGAAUGUAUCAGAGGUGUCGGACGAUGCAAUCAAGUUGCACUUGCGACGUAGUUCGAGGUCGAAGCACCACAAGAACAAGACGAAGCAUCGCAAGGAUAAGCGGAAAAAACGGCGACACUUGAAGAACGGCAUUCAAGAUAAUGGUUCUAUUCAACUAGACAGGUUUGAAUGUAUCAGCGAAAAUACACCAGAUCUGCGAAACAAUUCGGCAGCAAACAGAGAUUCGAGUAAUCACGAGAUCACCGUAAUCAGUGAAUUAGAUCCUAAAUUAACAUUAGAUGUAGAAAACUUGGGAAUUGAUACAAAACAAGUUAAACCCCCUACGACCAAGACUGAUCACGUAGAUAGCAUUAGAAUUCGAAACGAUGUAAAUAGUACAACCAACAGCGACACCAGGUGCGAGGAAAACGUAAUCGGUGUACCUGGGGAUUCGCAUGAGGAUACCUUUGAGAAUAAUAUUAUUACUAAGCUGCAUUUUGCCGAUACAACAACAACAACAACAACGUCUCUUCCAAAGCAUGGAUACAACACUGAGAAUGUGAACAAGACAAACGUAAAAUAUUUACUGCAUCCCAGUGUCGACGAAACCAGUGCAAUCGAGACACUUGCUGCCGACGCACCUGAGAAGGAAGACGAGGCCAAAUCGAUGUGUUGCGUGGAAUCGCACGAAUACAAGGACGUAACAUCCAACAAUUGCGAAGACGCGGAGAAUCGUAAAUUGGAGAAUCGUAAAAGGAGACGGAAACGUCCGCGUCACGAUGUGCAAAUUCAAGAGAAGAAUCUUUCGGAAAAUAAUGCUUUAGACGAGCCGACGGUGUUUAAACACCGGCGAAAAAAGCACAAGCAUACGAACGAGCACAAAAGCAAAAAGCAUCACGAUGUACGAAAAGCGCCGCAAGACGGCAUCGUCAAACAGGAGGAGGCACGAAACGCGUGUCCAUCGGAGGCGGCCGAACUGUUAUCUUCGACGGCAGAAACCCGAUCUUCUGGCAGGAUCGCCGAGGAUGCGGAAACGCGGAACAGUCGCAGCCCCGAGGGUAUCAUCGAUAGUACCGACGAUAUCGCGUCCGAGCCACAAAGACUCGCGAUCAAGAUCAAGCUUUGCCAGGAAUGCAACAGUCGUCAUUUGCAGGACGCCUGUCCUCUGACGACGUCACAGUACGCGAUAGCCGAUACCAUCUCUUAUGAAAAGUGGUUGAGCAGACAUAAGGAGAAUUCAGAGAUAAUGAAAGCCAUCGCAUCGGAGGAUCCAAUGUCGGAGGGUUAUGGCAGAUUAACGUACGAUGGCUUCGAGUCAGAUGACGAAUCUCCAAUGUCCAGCGAACAAUGCAAGGCCAAACCGAAGAUGCAGAGGGAGGAGAAACAGUUGGUAGUAGAGAUGGAUCGACCGCUAUACGCGAGAGAUUCUCUCCCGGAUUGCCUUGAAUUGAAAAUUGCAAAUACCGAUCACGGUCUCGGUAUCUAUGCCAAGAACCCGGUUCCAAUGUAUGCCAAGUUUGGUCCGCUUAUCGGCAUCUCGAUUAGAGAAAUGGACAUUCCGGAUGAUUUCUCUAUGCGCCAUAUUUGGGAGAUAGAUAAUAAUGGAAAGAGUACAUAUAUCAGUACUACGGAUCCAUUAAAAAGCAAUUGGAUUCGAUACAUUAGACCAGCUGAUACUAAAGAGAAGAGAAGUCUCGCGGUGAUUGCUAAGCAUGGCCAAUUAUAUUUCGUUGCAACUAAAAAUAUCGCAUUGGGAAUGGAGCUGACUUAUUGGGUAGAGUCGCAAUCUUCCACGUGGACGAGGAAGAACAAAAUCAAUAAAACGAAUUGUGGAGGAUGCAAUCUUAUUUUCGCACAUUCAAUAUAUUAUCGAUUGCAUUGCUGCAUUUUUCACGACAUGAAUUAUAGUUUAACGAUAAGAAAAUAUCAUUGCAAGGUUUGCGGCGCUACAGUGCUCGGCAAGGAUAAUAUUAUGAAACACGCAGCAGAGUUGCACGAGGGUCGCGGCGCAUACCAAUGUCAAUAUUGUAAAAAGUUUUUCUUAAGGCUGAAUUAUUUAGAAAUGCACCGAACUUACGGAUGCUCACAGAAUCCGCAUCGAGCGCGACCGUUAUGCGAUUUCUGCGGCCGCAAAUUUUGCCAGCCACAAAAACUGAAAGUACACAUCAAGAGAAUGCACAGCGAUAUGGCCGAAGUGCUUAGGGAAUUUCAAUGUAAAUUAUGCUUGAAACUUUUGGGUUCUCGAGCAGCUCUACAGCGGCAUAUGAAGGAAGUACAUCACAAAGAUGUUAUUGCUGCGGCCACAUGCGAUCGAUGUGGAAAAAUGUUCCAGAACAAGAGCAAUUUGAAAAUACAUAUGCUGACUCAUAGCGGUGUGAAACCAUUUAGGUGUAAAGAGAAUGGCUGUAAAGCAGCUUUCACUACGAAACAAUGCCUACAGUUCCAUUACAAGAAGGUGCACGGCCUUACAGAGGCGAUGAUGCCGAAAAUCGAGAGGUCCGUGGCGUACACCUUUGACGCGUACAGCGGUGGCCUCGUUGAGGACGUGCCUUGUGGAAGGAUCAUUCAUUCCAGCAGAAGAAAUUCACAACAGGACAAUAGCAACAGUUUGCCAUCUCUGGAUGACUGCAGCUCGGAGAGCAGUUUGAAAGUCGAAGCAUCGGCACCAGUAUCGGUACCAGUACCGGUAUCAGUACCGGCACCGAUACUAACACCAGUACCAGCACCGCUAUCAGCACCGGUACCAGCACCAUUAUCGUUAUCGUCACCAGUAUCGUCAACUUCGGAUAACUCAACAACCUCAUCAGCGCCGAUAUCGAUAUCGAUCUCAGUGUCGGUGUUGGCUUCGGCAUCGACAGCAGCAGCAGCAGCAGCAGCGGCAGCAAUGACAAGUUCUACUCAUAACGUCAUUGUGGAUUCAUUACAAAGUGAGGCGAAUUCUACGGCAAAGUAUAAGACGGAACAAGAGCCUUGUGUCCCGAUUACGCAAACUGCAUCUUUGUCCAGUGGACUUGCGACAACGAUGGAGAAUGAGCAGACGGAAGUUGAUCUAUACGACACAUCGAGGACAUUGAGCAAGGGCAGCAAAAAGUGGCUAACUGAAUUCAAUCCACCGCCUACGUCUGACAUCGCUGUUCAUUUACCGGCUGUCUCGGCGUCGUCUUCCGACAUUUAUGAUUUUGAAGAUGGUAGAAAGGAUAGUGGUAGCGAGAAAGCGGUAUCACGCACCAGUGCGACAACGCCAAAUUUGUUAGAAAGCAACAAAUUGCGAUUAAAUGUAUAUCGUAGCAGGACGGAAAGUGCGAAUGCGAGUUUGCUAGUGGAGGCGGCUCUGGAUGCCGCCGAGAGGGACAUAGGAACAGUAUCCAGUCCGAUCUUGGAGGACAAUGAUCGCGAGACCAAUCUCUACUCUAUUUCGAGUCAGCUACAGUCACCGAUACCGCAGUCGCGAUCGCCGAAUCAUUUAGACUCGUAUAUUGUACAGCAGGAAGAGCAACUAAUGUCGCCCGCGCCAACUCCGGACGACCGGCACACUCCUCCUAGCCACUUACACGUAGAUUAUCAUAUGCAUCGACCGGUCGACUACAUCAACACUUCGCGAACGCACAAUAUUGAGCAAUAUCUGCAUCACGAGGAGAUGCCACGCGUUUCCUCACCGAAUUACAUGCACAUGCAGCAAGAAGACUUGGUGUCGCCGUCAGCUACGCCGAAUCACCGCUAUCAGGACAUGCAUCAUCAUCAGGUGCCAACGGAUAAUCUCUCGAGCGACGAGGGUGACUCAGUGGCGCAGAAUCUCAGCUUGUCUGUAAAGGAGAAGGCAUUGCAGCUAGAUCUCUCGACGUCGUACAAGUAUGACACGCUCGAACAAGAUUUCACUCGGGAAAGAUCCAAUUUUGAGCCAUUGGUGCUUAAUAGUGGUGAACUUCAGGGUUUAGACAUGUCGGCUCGGGGUUUUCAUCACAGUUUUGGCGCCCAGAUGCAAAAUACCCGCUAUCAUCAUCAUCAUUUGUACGACAUCGGCGAACGACAAAGCGUGGACCUCAGCAGAACGAGCAGUUACUCUAUGUCGCCACCCCCACCACCGCCACCUUAUCCGCAUAACGAGGUCGUGCGAGUGGUCAGUUUGGAUCUCACUCCUGGUGGCAGGCACAGUGUCGAUCUAAGUCUUUCCAGAUCGCAUCAUCUGCACGGAUCUGGUACUCGUGUCAUUACCAGUUCACAACCCGUUGGCUCGACUACGACACACGUAGUACCUGACGUCGGCGAAGGUCGAAUGCUAUCUCCACCUCCACCUCCUUUAUCAGGAUACAAUCCUAGUUAUCCUGUGAGUCCGGCCCCGUAUCAUCCUCCGAGAUCCGGAUAUCAUCAUUAUCCCGGUUAUUAUUGAUUGUCACUGACAAAUUGUCAGAUUGUCGUGGCGGUUUCAACAUAGUCAACAUCUUCUCAGUAACUUUUAUUGUAGAUAUCUUUGGCUCCUUUUAUAAUUACUUUUACUCUAAAUGAUUUUAUUUUGUGAUUGUUCUAAUUAUUUAACUGUACAUGGUUUUUACAUCGCGACACGCUCGCAUCGCAGGCGGGAACUGCCAUAUAUUCAUAGUUCAUACAUUGUAAAGAGUAACGUAAAGUUAUGUCUUAAUUUCGCGAUCAAUUUAAUAUUUAAAUCGGUAAUGAUGAACAUUUUGACAUACGUGCGCAAUUAAAAAAGUUAGCAAAAAAAAACUUUUCGACUCAAGGAAAUAAUAAUAAAAAAAUUUACUAAUAUCGUAUGAUAGACAGUCGUAAUUUAUCGUCAUUUAACGCGAUAAAAGUAUACUCGGUAGUCUUGGUACAUCCAGGACACAUACAGAACAGAUAUUAUUUUUUUAAAAAAAAGUCAAGUAGCACGAGAUUUUACGAAGAAAAAUCUAUUCCAGCAUGACCGAAUAUCGAUAGAGGGAAGUUCGUUUAUCCGUAAUUAUAUAGCUGUUAAAUUAUUUAUCGUUUACCCUUUUCCGAUAAGCUGUGUAUGCAGAACAUGUAUGUGUGACGAGUAUAUCGUUUGUAGAGUAAUCGUUGAAGAAAGAGGGAAGAAGAAAGAAAACAAAAUUACGUCGUGAUCCAAUGCCACGUCCGUGAUAAUUAAGAUUUUAAAAAGUUGUUACCUCUCUUAGCUUAUAUUCUUCUAUUUCGGACCUAUACUCCAUCAAGAAAUACUCCAUUUAACGUGGCUUUGAUGAUAACAAAAGCAUCCCGGAGCAGCAUAAUUUUUGCAAAAAUUAUGCAAUUUUAGAGAUUAAAAAAUUAAAUUAGAAUUUGUUCUCACACACACACACACACACACACACACACACACACACACACACACAAGAAAAGAUUUCAUUGAUGUCUGAACAGAUGCGCGAACAAUAAAAUUGUUUCGAAAUUUAUAUCGUUUCUACAAAUUGUUAAAUAUGCUCUGUGUAUUAUCUGGGAUGCUCUGAUAUUUAUGAAACAUGUGAAAUUAUCAAGAUGCCUAAUACGGUAGCUAGAUAAGUGUAUCUCUGCAUGGUGAUAACAGAUUGUAACGUUUGUUUUUAUUCUAGUCAUUACAUAUGCAUUAGCUAUGGCGAAUUAGUUAUAAGUUUUAACAAGUAUUCCCGCAAUCGCGAAUAAUUUGUUCAAAUACAUGUAUUUAUCGUAAAUGCAAAUUCAAAUUUGUUUAAAUUUUGUUUAAAAUCUUACGCUUUCUCGCCGAAUCUAGCGAGAAAGAUUAAUAACACACAUACACACACACACACAUAUACACGCACAUGCGACAAACGUAUUCCAAUAGAAGUAAAACAUAACAUGUUUUUAUUUUAUAGGUACUCGAUUUAAUAAUAUUACGUUUCUUUAACUUGAGCGAUAUUAUUUACGAUUAGAAAUACAUGCGUAGCAAUUACGUAAGUUUCAGAGUCUCGAAAAAGAUAGAAAGUUUGUGCGUGUGUGAGUUGUGUGCGUGCGUGCGUGCGUGCGUGCGUGCGUGUAUACGCACACGCAUACAUAUAUUGACGUGUUUCACGCGAAUGUGCGCAUGAAGACGAUUUAUAAGCUCGCGUGUAACACAUUAAUUUUCGUGUCGCUUCCAGAUUUCUGGAUUUUACUCUCUCUAGCCAUUUAUCGAAACCAAAGAUCUAAAAAUAUUGUAAUUCUUGUGCCAAAUCGAAAGGCGUUCAUUGUUAUAUUGUAUACACACAACUUUUAGCAAAACGUAGCCAUUAAAAAAGGGAGGGGAGGGGGAGGGGGAGGGGGCAACGCGCGUAAUGUUGUCUCUAUCACUUUUGCCAUACUUACUUGAUUAUUCAACUACGCUUCACUCGUGCACUCGCGCGAAUAAUUUUACAUGAUGACUCUAAGAAUAUUUUAUUAAUCUUUUUUUAUGUAAGUUUUUCACAAUUUUUCUGCCAUUAAGAAUAGUUACCAUUUCACAUUUACUUUAAUCGUUGAUUUUUAUUUAAAUGUAAUUCACGUUUGCGUUUUCUUUUUUUCUUUUUUUUAAGCCUAUUCUAUAAUUCUCAACGAUUGGAACUGUAGCGGUACAAUCGUUAAGAGCUACAGAAUAGGCUCCUAUAUCAUAAUUUGUACAUUGUGCAUAAUGUAAGGACAACAAACGAGAUACAUCUGUAUUAAAAUAUAAAUAUAUAUACGUAUGUAUCCCAUACAGCACAGAAUUUGCAGCAAUAUCGCUGCAAAAUCUCUGCAAUGUUGCAACAGUGUUACUGCAACUUUGUGCUGCAGGGGAUUUAUAUACAUAUAUAUAUUUGCGUGUACAUGACAAAAAGAAAGAUUCAAAAGAAAUGUUUACGAGUACAAAAUGUGGCACAGACUAUAUUUGUAUCAGGUUUAUCGACAUUAAUAUUGUAAGUUAAUAUUAAUAGAAUAUGGCAAUGAUUAAACAGAGA